AGAACUUUCAAAAUAAAAGAUUGGCGCGUGGUGCAUUCAGGCUCCGCUUGUAAACUCGACUUUCGAUAGCAAAACUUAAGAAAGAGAAAAAAGAAAAAGAAAAUACACAUGAAAUAUGAACAAUUUGGAAAGGUUGUAUUUUAUUUAAUAACAAGAACACAAGUGCUUCUUCAAAGCUCCAUCCAGAAACCCAGUAAUAAUACUUAAGAUAUGUUUUUAUGUCAGCGAAGGACAAAAAUCGACUUUUCCUAUAAUUUUUUUUUAUUUUAAAUUUUUUUUUUAAAUAACAUGAGAAAGAACAGUGACAUUUGAAGAAAAUACAAAUAAAAUAUGAAAAAGUUCAAACUAACUAAAGCAAAGUAAAUCAUAGUGUUUCUAUUUUAUCUAAUAACAAGAACAGGAGUUCCUCAUCAAAACUCAUCUACAAACACAGUAAUAAUAUUUUAGAUCUUUUUUUAAGUCCAUGAAGGACAAAAAAAGGAUAUCUCCAAACUCGACUUUCGCUAUCAUUUUUUUUAAUUUUUUUUUUUAAAUUACAUGAGAAAUAACAGGGAUAUUUGAAGAAAAUACAAAAAAUAUGAAAAAGUUCUAAAUAAGUAAAUAAUAAUAAUAAUAAUAAUAACAAUAAUACAUUUUAUUUAUAGAGCACUUUUAAAGUAAAGUAAGUCACAGUGUUUCUAUUUUAUUGUAAUAACGAGAACACGGAUGAGGCUUCAAAUCUCCAUCCAGAAAACUAAAGUAAUAAAAUUGUAAAUAAAAAAAAUAGGAAAGGACAAAAAAUGACAUAAUUAUCGAAAAAUAAAUAAAUGUAGUAAUACAGAAAAUCUUUGAAACAUACAACAGUAGUUGCAAAUGCUAUGUUUUCCUGUUUGUACCUCCACUGAGCCAUUUGUGAUGUGUUUAGUAUUUUCCCACAGCACUCAAAGGCAGCACCGGGUCGGUUUCCACAGUAACGGUUGACAACAGAAGAAGAAGAAGAAGGAGAAGAAGAAGGAGAAUAAGAAGGAGAAGAAGAAGGAGAAGAAGAAGAAGAUGGUUUACAUCACUGAGGACUUGGUGCGGCGGCGAUCCGAGCACAACGAGUGUGAGAUCUUCUCCCUGGAGGAAGUUUCUCUGCACCAGCAGGACAUCGAGAGGAUCGAGCACCUGGACCGGUGGUGUCGGGACCUGAGGAUCCUCUACCUGCAGAACAACCUGGUCCCCAGGAUGGAGAAUCUCGGUCGUCUGAAGAAACUGGAGUAUUUGAAUUUGGCCUUGAACAACAUUGAAGUUAUUGAAAACCUUGAAGGCUGCGAGAGCCUCCAGAAGUUGGACCUGACGGUGAACUUCAUCGGCCUCCUGAGCAGCGUGGAGUCGCUGAGACACAACGUCCACCUCACGGAGCUCUUCCUGGUGGGGAACCCCUGCGCAGACUUCCAGGGCUACAGGCAGUACGUGGUCGCAGCGCUGCCCCAACUCAAGUGGCUGGACGGGACGGAGAUCAGCCGGUCGGAGAGGAUCCGAGCCUCGCAGGGCCUGGGGGAGGUGAGGAGGAGAGUCCGGCAGCAGGAGGAGGAACAUCUGAGGAGGAGGGCCGAGGAGAAGGAGGAGGAACAUCUGAGGAGGAGGGCCGAGGAGAAGGAGGAGGAACAUCUGAGGAGGAGGGCCGAGGAGAAGGAGGAGGAGCAGCAGAGGAGGAGGGCCGAGGAGAAGGAGGAGGAACAGCAGAGGAGGAGGGCCGAGGAGGAGAGAGGGGAGGGGACGAGAAGGAAGCUGAAGGAGGACGAGGACCGGCGGGAGAAGGAGUUCUGGAACACGCCGUGUUCCUUCACCCCCGAGUCUCGUCUGGAGGCUCAUCGCCACCUGGAGGAGAAGAGGAGGGCGAAGGAGAAGGUGAAAGAGAAGAAGCCGAGGGCCUCGAGGACCCUGAUCACUGCCGCCGGACGAAUCAUGAACGUCAACGAGCCCAAGCUGGAUUUCUCUCUGACUGAAGACGAACAAAACAACACCAUCGUCCUAGAGUUGUCGGUUUACAGACACAUGGACACGUCCCUGAUGGACGUGGACGUUCAGCCGACAUACGCCAGAGUCAGCGUCAAAGGAAAGAUAUUUCAGAUGGUCCUGCCCGCAGAAGUGAGGCCCGACGGCUCGACAGCGCUGAGGUCCCAAACCACCGGACAUCUGGUCCUCACCAUGCCCCGGGCUGAAGGUGAAAUCAAAGUGAAAAAGAUCGUCUCACGGCCAAUCAGACGCAGCCGCUCGCAGCCCGAGGACGACAAGAGAAAAGCUGCGGGUCCCGAGCGGCUGGAGGUCGAUCCCGGCGCGAGCACGGCCCUCGACCUCGGCAGCAUUGUGCGGUGCCAGAUUGCCGGACGAGGUUCACUGGAAGCGCCCAGAGCAGCGCCGCCGCCUCCCGCCGCAGCUCACAGCGGCUUCUCCGACGUGUUCCUGGACGAUCCCGACGUCCCGCCGCUCAUAUGAGACUGUAGACGUGUGAGGCCUCUGGUCGCCUGGCCACGUGAUAACAUAACUAUGUGUUCAUAUACGAGUUAGAUAUAGUCCAUGAGGUGGACCGACCUCCGUGUGAGUCUCCAUGUUUCUACGUUGUGUUGAAUAAGCUUGUUGAACUAAACGCUCCAGAAUACGUUGCGU